GUUUUCCGAUAGACGCGUUGCGCUAUCUUGGAUGAUGCUCGAUACUAUGCCGUGUCCACGUCUUGGGUGGAAGCUUCCGCUAUCGGAUCGUUCAUCAUCUGGACCAGGGAGUGAAGUCGCCGUAGGCAAACCGCGCACACUCCGACUGUCGCCGAGCAACAUGCUAAGCGCAGUUCUCUCCGCCUGGCCGAUGCGUGUCGUAACUCUACAAUUUAUGCUCGGUUUGACCAUGGUCAUUGCGACGGGGCCGCGUUACGCCGCACACGAACCACUGCAAGUGAUCGCGAAUAAGGUCGGUCCAUUCAAUAAUCCAUCGGAAACUUACGAGUACUACUCGUUGCCAUUUUGCUCACGAUCGAAAAAGAAGCGUCGUGAGGACUUUGGGGAGCGGCUUGUUGGCGAUCGUAAAAUCGUUUCACCCUACGAAGUGACUUUCCUUGAUAACGUUCCAUGGCGCCUUCUGUGUGAACAGUCUUUUUCGCGGUCUGAGCUUCAGAUGUUCACUAAGGCGAUAGAGAACGACUACUACUUCGAAAUGUUCGUCGAAGACCUUCCUAUGUGGGGUUAUGUUGGUGAAGUCGAGGGAGAGGAUGUUUUACUAGGACAUCUCGAGACAAUCAGGCGCUAUAUCUAUCCACACCUUCACUUUUCUAUCGGCUACAACGAGGACCAAGUGGUUUCUGUCAACGUGUCUACAAACCCUCAGCGCAAGGUAGACAUCACAGAGGAAUUCGAUGGUACAGAGGUUGCCUUCUCCUACAGUGUUGAAUGGGUGGCACGAUCUGAUCUCCAAUGGGGUGCACGCAUGUCACGCUAUCAUGAUUCUCGGUUUCUCCCUGGAACGUUCGAAAUCCACUGGUAG